AUGAAGAUCGCGCAGAAUGCGACAGACACGGUGACUGCAGCUGAUUCCGAUCAAUCCAGCAGUCAAUCAGAGCAGCUCAAGGAAUCGUCGUGCGCUGCUCUUACCAACGGCGGGCCAUCCUCCGCUGCAGCGGAAACAGUGACGAUCGGCGACUCCGAGGAGCACUGUAGCGCGGACGGGGCAGCUGGUGGAAUCGGGUCCGCAGCGACGGCGGAAAAGGUCACCUCAGCGGAUGGGGGGACGGAAGGGAUUGCGCAGAGUGCGGGGAUUAAGGAGGUUGGGGGGGGCGCGGAGAGCGCAGAAGCGGGAGACGCGGUGAGCGGAGUGACUGGCGGAAACGGGCCAGCGGAAAUGGUGGAGCCGAUAGUUGCGGCCCAGGCCGCGGACCGAGUGAGCAGCGCAGGCGGAACCGUAACACCAGAUGCGCCCGCAGAGGUUGCGCCAGGCUCGCCGCAGCGGCCUGAGCUAGUAGAGUCAGACGCAGUCGCCUCUGAUAAUGCCGCUGCAGCUGCUGCUGCUGCGAUCGCCGCGUCGCUCGCAGCAGCAGCAGCACCCGCCACAACAACCGACGACGCCGCACCUGCCGCGGCAGUCCCCGCCACCACCGCCGAUACUAACGCAACCUCGUCCGACGGCAAACCGCCCACCGCUGGCGGCCCCGCCGCUUCCGGCGCCUCCGCUUCCCCCGCGUCGAGCGGUUCCCGCGCGGCAGGCUCCUCGCGGAGCUCGUCGCGGCCGUCGUCGCGGCCUGGCUCGCGACCGUCGUCGCGUCCGUCGUCGCGGUCGUCGUCGCCCGCUCCCGACGAGCCCGUGGUGUGUCGCGUGGCGUGCAUGUCGUCGGCGGGGCAGCAGGACGGGUUUCAUAAGACGAACCAAGACGCGUACUGUUUCAUGCGCACGAAAGACAAAAAAUCGCUCAUUUUUGGCGUGUUUGACGGCCAUGGGCCGCAAGGACAUGACGUUUCCAAGUUCAUCAAGGAUCGGCUCCCAGAUAUUCUAAUGGACGGCUCAGAUCUUCUCGUGGACCCCGAGAAGGCCCUAACGGAUGGCUUUUUGGCGGUUCACGAUGCAGCACUUGAGGAGACCUCGUUCAAUUGCAACAUAAGUGGCACGACAGCGGUGGUGGCUCACCUCUACAAGCAGCGGCUGGCCGUGGCGUGGGUCGGGGACUCGAGAGCUGUACUGGCUAGGAGACGAGAGGGCGGAGAGCGCGAUGACUUGACGGCAGUGCGGCUAUCGGCGGACCACAAGCCCAACAACGAGGACGAGAGGGCGCGGAUAGAGGCCAGUGAAGGCAGCGUGCAGCAGGACGUGGACGAGAAUGGGGACGAUGUGGGCCCGUUCCGCGUGUGGAUGAAGACGGGUCCCAUGCUGGGCCUGGCCAUGAGUCGCAGCCUCGGGGAUAAGCUCGCACACACCGUGGGGGUCUCCGCCACUCCUGAGGUGGUCGUGCGUCGUCUGGACCAAUCAGACGCCUUCCUAGUGCUCGGGUCGGACGGCCUGUGGGAGUAUGUGGGGGACGACGAGGCGAUAGGGGUGGUGGUGGCGGCGGGGAGCAUAGAGACGGGAGUGAAGGCGCUGCUGGCCUUGGCUAAGGAGAGAUGGCUGACGAAAGAUGGGGCCGGGUAUGUUGAUGAUAUCACUGCGCUGGUCGUGGGGUUUACACACAGGAAGGUAUAG